GACAUUAUCUUCAAAGCAUUUAAUGAAAGAAAUACACGUUAUUCACGCAAAUGUGGAGCAAUUUCAUUUCAUAAAUUCAUGAAAAUUUUAGUUACGUUUUUGAUGCAUUGAAUGAAUAUAUUCGGUUAAAUGCUCAUGCUCUUUCUUCUAUAAUUGACUGACAUUUGUAUGUCGUCACACACACUUUGUUAUGACCGCAAUUUUUUAUUUCUUACUAACUCAUCACAUUGAUUCGUUACGUUUUAAUUCAGAUAACGUGAAGUACUCGAUCGAAAUUUUUCAGACACGCUGUAAAAAUGGCUCAUAAUGACGACUUAAAAAUAAAGCAGUUUCUUAGUAAAUAUGUCAAUCCAGAUGUCACACGUAGAGAUGUUUUCAGAGUUUUGGAAUACUACCGAGGGCUUCAUUGGAAAAUAGAGAAAUUCGUUUUUAAUGAUGGAACUCGGAAGGAACUAAUUAACUUACAAGGAACCAUACCGGUACCCUUUAAAGGAAAUACUUACCACAUACCAAUUUGUAUAUGGUUAAUGGACACACAUCCUAAUAAUGCCCCUAUGUGUUAUGUUACACCUACUCCAGAAAUGAAUAUUAAAGUUAGCAAUUAUGUUGACCAUAAUGGUAAAAUUUACUUGCCAUAUUUACACGAAUGGAUACCUCACAAAUCAGAUUUGUGCAGUCUCAUUCAAGUUAUGAUUGUUGUGUUUGGAGAACAUCCCCCUGUGUAUGCACGUCCAAAAACAGGUCCCCUGUCGAUGAUAAAUACCACGCCAUAUCCUAAACAAUCGACUAUGCCUCCAAUGCCAAUGAAUGUUGGACAACCUGGAUUUCCUCAACCUCCUCAGCAAGGAAUGUCAAAUAUUUAUCCACAGUCAGACUUAUUUGCCAACUACCCUCCUUACCCCACAUCUGGUGUAAAUUAUCCAACACCGAAUUAUCCUAAUUCAUUUCCCUACCCUCCAACUCCUGCGGUUUCUGGAAUUUCAAGUGGGGGAACAGGAACCAUAACAGAAGAGCACAUUAGAGUUUCAUUGCUAUCAGCUAUUGGAGAUAAAUUAAAACGUAGGUUCCGCGAACAAUUCUCGCAAUUACAAGCGGAACUUGAAACAUUAAGACGUACUCAGCAGGAGUUAUCAAAUGGAUCUGCUAAUUUAAGUGAGCUUUUUGCAAAGCUGCAAAUGGAGAAGACUCAGCUUGAAAAAAAUAUUCAAAUAUUGCAAGAAAAAGAAGUGGAAUUGGAGAAAGAAGUUAUGAAACUUUCUGAUAAUCAAACUAUCGAAGUUGAUGAAGCUGUUACUACAAUUGCACCUUUAUAUAAACAAAUGUUAAAUGCAUUCGUUGAGGAAGCUGCUACAGAAGAUGCUAUAUAUUAUUUGGCUGAAGGUUUAAGGAGUGGGAUAAUAGAUUUGGAUGUUUUCUUGAAGCAAGUUAGGCAAUUAUCAAGGAGACAAUUUAUGCUCCGAGCACUAAUGUCACUAUGUCGACAGAAAGCUGGAUUAACAAGUUGAAUAUGAAAUAAAUAUAUAGUUAUCAUUUGCUAUUAUACAUUUAUUUAAAAAUAUACAUUCACUGUAGUUACAUAAAUUACUUUAGAAUUCUAUAAUUUAAGAAAUUUAUGUAAAAUAAAAAAGUUUCUUACUUAUUGAAUAAUAAUGACAUUUGUAAAUCUUUAAAUGGAAUAAAGUUACAAAAUAA